AUGGCUUGCAAGCGCCCUUCUCCGGACUCCACCCCUAACCCACGAAGACCCCAGAGAAUCUCCUUAUUCAUCUUAGCAUCCAGAGGUCUCGAACUACCGGCAUUCGGUCUCAAACAUCUAGGAUACCAGAAGAGGAAUCAAACCAGUUACGCCAGACCUUGGAUCCCUCACACAAUAUCGUCCCGUGCGAUUUUUAUGUUCCGAACCUCGUUAUCUCAUCGCGGAUAA